CUGGGCGCCGGGCUGGCCGGGCUGGUCCUGCGGCCGCGGCGGAGUCUCGGCCGCUCGCGCUGCCCGCAGCGGCUCCAGCAGCUCCAGGCGCCGUUCCCCGGCCCGCGCCGGUCCUGGCCCCCCUGCUCGGGGGCCUCCCGCCGCAGCGCAGGCUCCCCCGCCGGCUGGGCUCCUGCGCGGCGCGGCUCGGCUCAUGCCCCCGGGCGCGGGGCACACAGGCCGGCCGGCAGCCGCUGGGAAAUAGGCCCCCGGGGGCGGCGGCGGCGGCGGGGCCAUGGCGCGGAGACCCCGGGCGCCGGCCGCCUCCGGGGAGGAGUUCUCCUUCGUCAGCCCGCUGGUGAAAUACCUGCUCUUCUUCUUCAACAUGCUCUUCUGGGUGAUUUCCAUGGUGAUGGUGGCUGUGGGCGUCUACGCUCGGCUAAUGAAGCAUGCAGAAGCAGCCCUAGCCUGCCUGGCAGUGGACCCUGCCAUCCUGCUGAUCGUGGUGGGUGUCCUCAUGUUCCUGCUCACCUUCUGUGGCUGCAUUGGGUCCCUCCGCGAGAACAUCUGCCUCCUGCAGACGUUCUCCCUCUGCCUCACCGCCGUGUUCCUGCUGCAGCUGGCCGCUGGGAUCCUGGGCUUCGUCUUCUCAGACAAGGCUCGAGGGAAAGUGAGUGAGAUCAUCAACAAUGCCAUUGUGCACUACCGAGAUGACCUGGAUCUGCAGAACCUCAUUGAUUUUGGCCAGAAAAAGUUUAGCUGCUGUGGAGGGAUUUCCUACAAGGACUGGUCCCAGAACAUGUAUUUCAACUGCUCGGAAGACAACCCCAGUCGAGAGCGCUGCUCUGUGCCUUACUCUUGUUGCUUGCCUACCCCUGACCAGGCAGUGAUCAACACUAUGUGUGGCCAAGGUAUGCAGGCCUUUGACUACUUGGAAGCUAGCAAAGUCAUCUACACCAAUGGCUGUAUUGACAAGUUGGUCAACUGGAUACACAGCAACCUAUUCUUACUUGGUGGUGUGGCUCUAGGCCUGGCCAUCCCCCAGCUGGUGGGAAUUCUGCUGUCCCAGAUCCUAGUAAAUCAGAUCAAAGAUCAGAUCAAGCUACAGCUCUACAACCAACAGCACCAGGCUGACCCAUGGUACUGAGAAUCCAUCCUGCACCUCCUCACCAUGGAAACUGGCAAGCCUCAUCAACCAACAGCAGCGGGUGCUGAUAACAGCACCAAAUGGAGAUUUGGAUUCCCGCCCCCCAGUGACAGCCCAGUGGGAAGAAGCAAACUCCAGAUGGGCAGAAGGCAAGGUGCACAGGUGGCUCCGGUCUCAGGAGGAUGCGCCUCCUCUCCCCCAUCCCAGCCCUCAGCAUUGUGCCAGAGUGAUACCCUUAAGUGUUUGGGUUUAUGUUUUCAGUUUUGUUUGGGAAACAGCAGUUGCACAGAGUUGAGGGGUACUGCUGCUGCCUUUUCACCGAGGCACUGCCACCACCAGCUCUACCAGGGAUGCUCUUGAGCUUGGCAGACAUACUUAGAUCCUAACGUGCCAGUGAGACCUGGCUGUGGAGAGUAGCACUGGCAGCCCUGCCUGGACUCCACUUGGCAUGAUACCAGCUCCAGAAGGGAAGGGAGUGGAGCAGGCAGUGAGGAGCGAGCCUGGGGGUCGGCUGGGGACAGCCGUAUGUGCUAGGUAGGAGUGGAGGGGGAUAUGUUUACCAAAUGCCUGUCCUGCCAUCCUCCCAGGUAGUCAGAGUGAGCUACAUCCUGCCCCGCCUUCAUUUCCAUGGAAACAUGGCAGCUAGGGCACGGGGUACAACAGCAGCCAAAUUCUUCCCCACCUCCCUUACUUCGAAAAAAAAUUGGAACCCUGGUCCCUAUACUCUGCAGUCAGAAGUGGGACUGAGCCAUACAUGCCCUUGAAUUCCUCCCUGUCUGGCCCUCCCUCUCCAGCAAGCAGGGUUUUCUUUAACUUGGCAGUGUGCAGAGGAGAAGUGGUAACACCCCCACCCCAUUCCCCUGCAUCGGAGCUCAGUAUUCCUACAGGGUAAGAGGUAGGAAUCUUGUUGGGGCGAGGGUAGCCAGAAGUGGCAAUAAAAGCGUGUUGACCUGGGCUA